CCUUCUGGAAAAAGCAGGAAGAUUCGUACAUUUAAUCUAGAUUUAUCCUCUUCAUUGUAUUAUUUCUCGAAUAAUCAGUGUAUUAACGAACAAUACUAAAUAUCCUUUAUAUUUCUGAACCCGAAACUGGCCAAAGUGUUCCCUGACUUGAAUGAUAGAAUAAUGACUUGCAACAUAAUUGCUCUUAAAAAUAAAAACUAAGUUCAUUGAUGUGGAAAAGGCGAAAGAGAACAAUUUUAAUUGCUCUAACAUUCCUCGUUCUUGCGUUUUUGUUAAUUAGAAGUAGGAAUGGUCAUAGUCAGUCAAUAUACGACAGUUUUAAUGGCAUUACCUGUGACGAGAAGAAAGGAAGAGCCUUGCUUUAUGCAUUGUGCCAUUCAUACCAUACAGGUAUAGUGGCUGGGAACUUGUGUUAUGAUCUCUGCACCUCGAGAAAUUUGUUCAUCAAACAGUGCUUGUCACACAAUGACAAGAAUACGAUCUUUGCUGCAGUUUUGAAUAAACAGGACAUCAUUUUGAAAACUAAGAAAGCCGCAGCAUAUAGCUCUUGGGAAGAUAUUUUUCCAGCUAGUAAUGUCGUGGAUGCGUUUGUUCUCAGGCAAAGUUUCUCAGCGGCAGUGUACGAUCAUGUGGUUACCCAGCUGCUUCAUAUUGAUGAUGUCAUCAGUGAUCGACACAAACUUAGCAAUCUUUCACCCGAUGAUUUUCUGAAGUAUCUAAUGCACAUGCCAUCUGUCAGCAGCUACACCGAAGCAGAAAUGCGAAGUCUUUGGCAACUGUUACAUCAGGAUGAGUACUACUUGCUGCAAGUGUUGAAGGAUUUAAAACACUUUCCAAAGAUUUUUGGUACAUGUGGUAGAUUUUAUGCCGUGGAAAAGGUUGAAACACUCACUAGUCUUGUUGGAAUAAGAGUAAUUUCAGCAUCAAUCAGUUGGAAGAUACAGGUAAAGGUUGCCCUGGAAAUUAUGGACUUUGUUCGUGAACUCAACUUGCAGGGAGCAUAUGGAUUUAACUGGCAUCAUUGUGAUAUUCAUGGUGAAAACUUUGGAAUUAAUGCAAUGGGAGAGCUCAAAGCCAUUGAUGUGGACAUGUUGUACACUAGUGAGAAAUUAUCAGAAAUUUUUGAGGAACAGUCAGAAAACUGCACAUCGCACAAAGUUUGCAAAUUCUUUGAUUGUGCAUCACAGUGCAAUUUAGAAACGAACAGGUGUAAUUCUCAAGUCAUUUCGAAUAAUUUGCAGGUUGUUUGCCAAAAUCUAUUUCGCUCAAGAUGGUUCAUACGUGGUGUUCUGGCCAGUGUCCCCUUAAGAAGUAAAAAGAAAUUCGAUGAGAUUUUAAAUGAAUGUGUUGAGCUCACAACAACACCUUGGUCCAAAUUCAAGUAUGACAGGAUAUUUAACACUCUACAAAGCUAUUUGUUGGAGGAGCAAAAGUUCCUUUCUCGUCACGCAGUCUAGCUGCAAUAUAUAUAUCUUAUUUCACAUUACGUAUUUUGAAAAGAGAUCAAUUGGGUAGAGCUGAAGAUAUGAAUAUUCACAGCCCACAAUUAGCGUUCUGGGGGCUGUUCACAUGAGCCUGGUAACCGGGAUUCAGCGAGACGUGAAAUGAUUUUGAGUCAUUUAAACGAGUAAAAACUUUAAGCGCAAAACUUACAACCUUUUCUUACAAGCGUCAUAUGUCAUUUUAGUCGAAAUUUUCAAAUCGUGACAAAUUAUUUGUUUUCAUUUUAAAGGUUUUGUGAAUUUGAAAAGUUAGCAUAGACAAAUUGCUCAUAUAAGUUUUUUGUUGUGAAGUAUUUAAUCUUUUCCAUUUGGCAAAAUGAUUUAAUGCUUCUCUGAUUCCCGGCUACCGGGCUCAUGUGAACAGCCCCCUAGUUUCGCCCAUGUCAAAAUCACACUGACCUAAAACGAGGCAAAAUUUUAUGUUUUCAAUAACACCGACCAGGUUUCUUACUUUUGAAACAGAGUAGGAACGUUUGUAAAAUAAAAGGAAGGGCAAUCUCACAAGCCUCCACCGUGUAUAGUGCCGUUUUUAUAAAUGUGGGGUAAUCUGCAUGCUGGAUACGCUAUUGACGUCAUAUCCAGUUAGUUUGAGUGUCGCGCGCUCGCUAAUUACUCUGUGGGCAAGCGUGAUAUUGUUUUUACAAACUUAUAAAUGAUUGUCCCACAUUGUGUUUCUAUUGAAAGGUUUCUACCCACUAGACUCGUCUUACUUAGCCACGUGGGGGGACAGAACUGAAUCGAGGAAAAAAUAGUGGUGGGCGAUAUGUGGAAUAAAAAUCGAUAUUUUUCAUAUCAGAUAUUACUGUCACAUGAAUUAGGAAAUAAUGUAAUAUUUGUUCUUAAGAAGUAGAAUAUAAAAGUUUCCGCUUUGUUAAGACGUCAUUAAAACUGCAAAACGA